UAUUACUAUUUAUAAAACAGACCAAAUUGUUCAUGGAAUAUUGAGUAAAAAAUAGCUGCAUUUCCUCUUACACAGACUGGUGACGUUGUAUGUCAGUAAACAUAAUGAACUGAAUGGAAUGCAGCAGAGUGAGAUGUUAAUUAUACUACAGUCUGAGUAUGAUCAGGGCUCAGUUUUUAUUUUCCUCUUAACUGAAUAAUGACUCUUAGAGCUAUAUGUUGACCUCCUACUGGGACACUGAAUGGUCACAGUAAUAUGGUGACCUACUGGGACAUUGAAUGGACACAGUAAUAUGGUGACCUCCUACUGGGACACUUAAUGAUCACAGUAAUAUAGUGACCACCUACUGGGACACUGAAUAGUCACAGUUAUAUGGUGACUUCCUACUGGGACACUUAAUGAUCACAGUAAUAUAGUGACCACCUACUGGGACACUGAAUAGUCACAGUUAUAUGGUGACUUCCUACUGGGACACUUAAUGAUCACAGUAAUAUAGUGACCACCUACUGGGACACUGAAUAGUCACAGUAAUAUGGUGACCACCUACUGGGACACUGAAUAGUCACAGUUAUAUGGUGACUUCCUACUGGGACACUUAAUGAUCACAGUAAUAUAGUGACCACCUACUGGGACACUGAAUAGUCACAGUAAUAUGGUGACCACCUACUGGGACACUGAAUAGUCACAGUUAUAUGGUGACUUCCUACUGGGACACUUAAUGAUCACAGUAAUAUAGUGACCACCUACUGGGACACUGAAUAGUCACAGUAAUAUGGUGACCUCCUACUGGGACAUUGAAUAGUCACAGUUAUAUGGUGACCUCCUACUGGGACAUUUCCCCUGUCUAGUUUUUACAUUUCAAUUAUGAAAGAAAGAACACAAUGAGGAUGUCAGAAUGUUGAUUGAGUUUUUAAACUAACACAUGAGACUGGUUGGCAAUCACAGAGUUGCAAAAUCCUAAAAGUGUAAAAGACUAUUUCUCUAUCUUGGGAACUAAAUUCUAUUUAAUUGGCCUUGGAAGCUCUAGUCCUCUACAGUGUGGAGUCCACAUUAGUAAUGGCUGUACCUUACUGUCAGUUUUGUGUCGUUGAGGUAACUUGGCUAGAUGUUUGUUUGGUCAAGGUAAGUUGUCAUCCUUUGCAGUUAAUUUUGGAUCCAUACAUUGUGCCUCUUGACUUUACAGUUAAUCUUUAUUAAGGAAAUGUGUGUCACAGAGGUGCAUGUGUCUCUAUAAUGAGUCUUUCUGAGGAGAGAGAAGAGGGGGAGCCUGCGUCUAAAUUUAGUGUCUCCAGGGAGAGAGAGGAAGGGACCACUGCCUCCAAAAUGAGUCUCUCUGGUGAACAUGGUACCACAGCUAAGAGCGGGCUAGUCCAGAUGGAGAUACCAGCCUCCCCAGUACCCAGCUGUCUGUCCAUGAAGAGUGACUGUUCUAUGCUACUACCUUUAUUGUUCCGUCAGGGACAUUCUUCUACUGAUCAAAGCCCAAUCCAAGAGGAAAUAACAGCCUCUCCUGUACCCACCUGUGUGUCCUUGAAGAGUGACAAGUCUAUGGGGCCUCCUAUUGACUUCAGAGAGGGAGUAUUUUCUACUGAACAAAGAGACACACAGGAGAGAUCAGAGUCAGAGAUUCUCAGUUGUUGGCCUGUACAGAGUCAUCAAAAAGACCUUUCCUCCAUAUUCAGUAUACUUGAACAGAAUAUCAUGACAUUUGUGAAGAAAGAGUUGAAGAGGUUUAAGACAAUGCUGAGUUCAGAUCUCCCAGAAGGCUUUAAGAGUCAGAGGGAGGAUGAGGAAGGUUUGGACCCUGAAGAUGAGAAGCAGGAGAUCAGGGCCAAAGAGGGGGCUCUGAUGAUCACAUGUCCUGAGGAAGAUGAACCAGAAGGAACUUGCUGACACACUGGAGAAAAGUGAGCUUGCUGUGAUUUGUCGUGAACACAAAUCUAACCUAAAAAAGACAUUUCAGUGUGUAUUUGAGGGUAUCGCUAAACAAGGGAACCCAACACUUCUCAAUAAGAUCUACACAGAGCUCUACAUCACAGAGGGUGGAAAGGGAGAGGUCAAUAAUGAACAUGAGGUGAGACAGAUUGAGACUGCAAAUAGGAAACAAGCAAGACCAGAGACAGCAAUCAAAUGUAAUGACAUCUUCAAACCCUUACCUGGACAAGACAAACCUAUCAGAACUGUGAUGACAAAGGGAGUCGCUGGAAUUGGAAAAACUGUUUCUGUGCAGAAUUUCAUUCUGGACUGGGCUGAAGGAAAAGCCAAUCAUGAUGUCCAAUUUGUAUUUCCUCUCCCUUUUAGGGAGCUGAAUUUAAUGAACGGGAAAGAACUCAGUUUGAUUCAGCUCAUCAAUCAUUUCUCAAUGGAAACCAAAAAAGCAAGAAUCUCUGACUACAACAAAUACAAAGUUCAGUUCAUAUUUUAUGGUCUAGAUGAGUGCCGACUGCCCCUUGACUUCAAGAACAACAAGAGCUGUUGUGAUGUGACAGAGUCAACCUCAGUGGAUGUGCUGCUGACGAACCUCAUCAAGGGGAAUCUGCUUCCCUCUGCUCUCCUCUGGAUAACUACCAGACCUGCAGCAGCCAAUCAGAUUCCUUUAUGGUGUGUUGACCAGGUGACAGAGGUGAGAGGGUUCAAUGACACACAGAAAGAAGAGUAUAUCAGGAAAAGAUUCACUGAAGAGGACCUGGCCAGCAGAAUCAUCUUACACACAAAGACAUCAAGGAGCCUCCACAUCAUGUGUCACAUACCAGUCUUCUGUUGGAUCGUUACUGUGACUACAGAUGAUAAAGUAGAGCUGCCCAAGACCCUAACAGACAUGUACUCACACUUCCUUGUGUUUCAGUCCACACACAGGAAUGUAAAGUACGAGGGGAAUAAAGAGACCAAUACACACUGGAGUAAAGAGAACAUUCUGACACUAGGAAAGCUGGCCUUUAAACAGCUUCAGAAAGGCAAUCUGAUUUUCUAUGAAGAAGACCUAAAAGAUUGUGGCAUUGAUGUUAGUGAAGCAACAGUGUACUCAGGAGUCUGUACACAGAUCUUUAAAGAGGAAUGUGGACUGAAUCACGACAAGGUGUUCUGCUUUGUCCAUCUGAGCAUUCAGGAGUUUCUAGCUGCUGUAUAUGUGUUUCUCUCAUUCAUCAACAACAAUGAGAAUCUAAUGGAUGAACAACAAUCAACCGACAGGAACGUUGUAGUGCAGUUAAGAGACCAAGUCACAUUCUACAAGACUGCUGUGGAUAAAGCCUUCCAGAGUAAGACUGGACACCUGGACCUUUUUCUUCGCUUCCUUCUGGGUCUCUCACUGGAGUCAAAUCAGAAGCAUUUACGAGGUCUACUGACAAAGACCAUAAGCAGCUCACAGAGCCAUGUCGAAACAGUGAAGUACAUCAAGGAGAAGAUCAGGGAGAAUCCCUCUUCAGAGAGGUGCAUCAAUCUGUUCCACUGUCUGAAUGAACUGAAUGACCGUUCUCUAGUGGAGGAGAUCCAAAGAUACCUGAGUUCAGGACGUCCCUCCAGAGAAGAACUGUCACCUGCACAGUGGUCAGCUCUGUCCUUUGUGUUACUGACUUCAGAAGAGGAGAUUGAUGUGUUUGACCUGAAGAAAUACUCCACAUCAGAGGAAGGUCUUCUGGGGUUGCUGCCAGUGGUCAAAACCUGCAGAAUUGCUCUACUGUCAGGCUGUGGAAUCACAGAGAAAGGCUGUGCUUCUCUGAUCUCAGCUUUUAAGUUAAACCCCUCACACCUGAAAGAGCUGGAUCUUAGUUACAACCAGCCAGAGGAUUCAGUGGAGCAGCUCUCUGCUUUGAUGGAGGAUCCAGAAUGUAGACUGGAGACUUUGAGGCUGUCAGGCUGUGGAAUCACAAAGAAAGGCUGUGCUACUCUGGUCUCAGCUCUGAAGUCAAACCCCUCACACCUGAAAGAACUGGAUCUGAGCUACAAUCAGCCAGAGGAUUCAGUGAAGCAUCUCUCUGCUUUGGUGGAGGAUCCACAAUGUAAACUGGAGAUUCUGAGGCUGUCAGGCUGUCUGGACACAGAGGAAGGCUGUGCUUCUCUGGUCUCAGCUCUGAAGUCAAACCCCUCCUACCUGAAAGAGCUGGAUCUGAGUAACAACGACCUGAAGGAUUCAGGUGUCAAGCAUCUUUCUUUCAUGCUGAAGGAUCCACAAUGUAGACUGGAGACACUGAGACUGUCAGGCUGUCUGGUCUCAGAGGAAGGCUGUGCUUCUCUGGUCUCAGCUCUGAAGUCAAACCCCUCACAUCUGAAAGAGCUGGAUCUGAGCUACAAUCACCCAGGAGACUCAGGAUUCAGACUGCUCUCUGCUGGACUGGAGGAUCUACACUGGAGACCUGAGAAACUCAAUUUGGAUCAUGGUGGAGAGUGGACGUUGAAAUCAGGACUGAAGAAAUACAUCUGUGAUCUCACACUGGACCCAAACACAGCACACAGAAACCUCUCUCUGUCUGAGGAGAACAGAAAGGUGACAUGGAGGAGAGAGGAGCAGCCGUAUCCUGAUCACCCAGAGAGAUUUGAUGUCUGGCUACAGGUGUUGUGUAGAGAGGGUCUGUCUGGACGCUGUUACUGGGAGGCAGAGUGGAGUGGGACAUGGGUUAGGAUAGGAAUGACAUAUAAAGGAAUCAACAGGAAAGGAGGAGGUGGUGACUGUUGUCUUGGACACAAUGACAAGUCCUGGAGUUUGACCUGUGAUGAUGACCGUUACUCUGCUUGUCACAAUAAUAAGAAAACUUUCAUACCUGUCACCUCCUCAGAUCCCCACAGAGUAGGAGUGUAUCUGGACUGGCCAGCCGGUACUCUGUCCUUCUACAGGGUCUCCUCUGACACACUGACCCACCUGUACACAUUCAACACCACAUUCACUGAGCCCCUCUAUCCAGGGUUUAGGGUUCAGUACUCCUCAGUGUCUCUGUGUCAGAUGGUCCCUGUGUCAAACACAGCAUGA